AUGUCGAUGGUGGCGCUCAGCGACAUCAUCUGCACGAAUGAGAACGAGGCUGAAUUCAUCACUAAAAUCUCUCAAAAUACGAUGGAAGAUGCGGAGAAGGCAGCCGCACAAAUGGUCACCAUGGGACCGGAACAUGCUAUUAUUACGCUCGGUGCAAAAGGUGUGGUGCUGGCAUCGAAAGGGAAAGAAGAAAUCGAGCAUAUCCCAGUCAAAAAAGUAAAAGCCGUCGAUACUACGACACAAAAGCGAAAAGUCCAUGCUUUAGGUCCUUUUGAAUAUGACAAGGAGCUGGCGACUGCUUCUGUGGAUCGCUUGGCAUACUUUUUGGUUCAUGAAGGUUUAUCAGUGCCAGACGCUAUACGAAAAGCUGCCGGGAUAGCGGCGUUGUCCGUGCAACGAAAGGGAACACAAUCGUCGUAUUGGGUCCCCGGCCAGAAAAUUGAACUGUGA